GAGCAGCGGCGGCCGCAGCUGGAGCCCAGCGCUCUCUCGCCCGCGCGCUCGCUGGUCCCCGAGUCCCUGGCGUGGAUCCGUAAGAGUCGCCCCUCCUGCCCCGAGCUCACCCUCUUCCUUCCGCGCCGGCUGCAGUUUACCCGGCUGCGCAGGAACCCGACAGGGCCCCGGGCUGAAGGUGAAACCCCACGGAAGAAACAUGAGGUUCCCCCGGAAAUCACUCAAGAGGAAGAUGGAAAGGGCCAUUUAAAAUAGAUUAGAAGCUGGGCUGCAACACUGGGGCCAGAGGGCUGGCAGUGGAAAACUCUGUUGGGUUGUGAUCUCUCACGGAGGAGUUCCAGGUGCUUUUUUGCUUCCUGCAGAACAAAGGAAGAAAAGGAGAAAACCAUGUCCAUAGCAUUGAAGCAGGUGUUCAACAAAGACAAGACCUUCCGGCCCAAGAGGAAAUUUGAGCCUGGCACACAGAGGUUUGAGCUCCACAAGAGGGCUCAGGCAUCCCUCAACUCGGGCGUGGACCUGAAGGCGGCUGUGCAGCUGCCCAGCGGGGAGGACCAGAACGACUGGGUAGCCGUGCACGUGGUGGACUUCUUCAAUCGGAUCAACCUCAUCUAUGGCACCAUCUGUGAGUUCUGCACUGAGCGGACCUGCCCUGUGAUGUCAGGGGGCCCCAAAUAUGAGUAUCGGUGGCAGGAUGACCUCAAGUACAAGAAGCCAACUGCACUGCCAGCUCCCCAGUACAUGAACCUUCUUAUGGAUUGGAUCGAGGUCCAGAUCAACAAUGAAGACAUAUUUCCAACAUGUGUGGGUGUUCCCUUUCCAAAGAACUUCCUUCAGAUCUGCAAGAAGAUCCUGUGCCGCCUUUUCCGGGUCUUUGUCCACGUCUACAUCCACCACUUCGACCGGGUCAUUGUGAUGGGCGCAGAGGCCCACGUCAACACCUGCUACAAGCACUUCUAUUACUUCGUCACAGAGAUGAACCUCAUAGACCGCAAGGAGCUGGAGCCCUUGAAAGAAAUGACGAGCAGGAUGUGUCACUAACGCCCCAUAUUACCCUUCGAAGAAAGAGGAAUGCUGUUUGCUCCUGGAGUCCCAGGUGGGCAGGAGGGAGAUCUCACGGGCUGAAACAGUGCACGGACUUCCAGAAGCAGGAGAACUGGAGACAUAGGGUGAUUCCUGAGAGAUGUCCCCCAUCCCUUCCUGUGCUCUUAACCCUGAGUGCUGCUAGCCGUGACCUGUGGACCCGGCCGACCACCUCAUGAGAGAAGGACCACCCCUGCACUCCUGGCUCUGCAGGAAGCCUCCUGAGUGUGUGGCAGUUCUGCCCGGGACCUGCGCCCAAGCUGUGCUGAAAUUCAGGUUGUGAGACCGAGACACUGUUUGUACUUUUCCACCUAUCCACCUUGUCCACUGGCCGACUGACUGUUCUGUAUGUGUUUUCCAAGUUCUGAGUGCAUUUGGAUCUCUGCAUGCACAGCAAGUUUUUCUACAGCAAGCCUUCCCUUCAGGUCCCUGAGAACUCCCACCCUGAUCCUGUGGCCUUACUGUGCUCAGGACUGCAGAGACGGGAGAGACCUGAGGCCCCACCGCAGCACUGGCACCAUUUUCCUAAUGGGCAGUUUUAUCAGGGACACUCCAAGGGACGGCUGGUCUCUGCCCCCAACAGGGUCUACACACUUUAAUUACAGGGAAGAGGCUGGUUUCUAGCAAAAUGCUACCAAGUUACCAGUUCACCCUGAAUGUUUUUUUAUAACCACACCAUUUCUUGUUUCUUUCAUUCAAGAUAUUUUUCCUGUUUCCCAGGAGAGAAAUAAAGGGAGUUCUAAAUGACUAAGGAUGAUCAGCAGAAGCCCUGAGCCAGAUUAGUGCAGUGUUUGUUCUUUACUAGGGGGUAGGGAGCCAUGGGUGUCUCUGCGUAAUACUAAAAUUUCAGUGAAAAAAUAAUUACAAUUGGUUAUUGGUGCAAGUAGCUCAGACUCUCUGAGCAUUGCCUUGUAACCUUCCUAGCUGGCCUUCUGAGCUUUUAAAUCCAGCCAAUGUUUUCUUCCUCUUCCUCCACACUUUUCCCUCCUCUGCCAUAUUAUAUUAUGGCAUGAAAUUACUUUCUGCUGCAAUGAAUGUGCCACAGUUGCCAAGGUAACCGUGGAGCUGGAGCUCACUUCCUUCUUCCAUGCUUCUCAAAUUUUGUGCUCCAGUAGACAGAAUAAUGCAUUCUGUGCUACGUCCUACCUGUUGGAAACUCGGUGAGCUUUGCCUGAAGAAUUUUGCUCUCUCUGACUCAUCCUCAAAGCUGUGGUUGCCCUGAAAACCUGUGACGAGGCAGUUAUAAUACUUCUGGUGAUCAUUUGAAUAUGACAAAAUCACAGUUGGUGGAGGGAAGUAGAUAAGAACUUACUUGUUCAUUUUAAUGUAAUACCGAUUAAAGAAUAACUAAACAACUCUGCUUUCAUUUCAUUACACCUAAUGUAUUGAAGCCAUUGGUGACCAGAAAGCAUGAAAUCUGCUUGGUCCAAACCAAGAAAGGGCUGUCUGUGUGGGCUCGGUGACAUUCUGCAUUGACCUAACCCAGCGAGCCAACCCUUGCUUUGCAUCUCUUCCAAGUUGUCUCAUGGAAUCCAAAUGCUGCUACCUCUGUCCAUAUUGCUGUGCUCUCAGCAGGCACUGCCCUCCCCGCUCCUCAUUUUUGAGACAAGAUAAGCAAAGAAUGUUUUUAGCAUCAUUUUUGGCUGAAAGAAUAUCUGAUUGUCCUAAGGAUCCAGAGAAAAAGAAAUAAGAGCCCCUGCAAUAUGCAGUAAGUACAGCACACGGAACGCCGACCGGAGGGACAGAGAGGGGCCGCAUGGAGCCCACGCCCCGGGAGGAGCUCGGAAGCGCUGUACUACGGAAACCCGCGGGAGCCCUGUAUUAAAAACUGACUGUGUGCCUGCGUUUCAAUCAAAUAGAAUGCUGGACUCGGAAGACAUUUGUCACAUUCUUUCUAAUGUUAUUUCUAUUAAUUGUUUGUGCAUAUGAAAUUUUCAUUCAACUUAAAAAUCCAAACAUUUUUUCAACUUCUUGGAACAGAUUCCUCCCGGUUAUAUUGCUAAUUGUACUAAUCAGCUCCUCUAGGAUAAGUUCUGGCACACUACUCUCAUUUUUUAAUUACAGAGUAUUUUUAUUCCCACAGACCUUGUUUGGCAAAUCCUAAAGAAAAUCAUUACAGGAGGGUUUUUGGUUUAAUCUCCUUGGCCCAACUACAUCAUUAGUGCAUCUCAUUAUAAAUGGAAGACCUGAGCUCCAGGCAGCCCUCAGGCACCGAAAGUUCUCUGGGUCCAAGGCUGACCCCUCGCUUCUUCCUCUAAACCUGGCUGGCUCUCCUUCAUUUUCCACUACUUUUUUAGUUGAAUUAUACGUGUAGCUCCUAUUAUUUCUUUCUGAGAAAUUUCAAAAAGGAGAGAUUACAGUGGACAUUGGUAUACCCUUCACUUACAUGCAUCUAGUCGUUAACAUUCCUUUAAUUACUAACAUUUCCAUAUCUUCUAUCUCUGUAAAUAUACAUUCAUAUUGAUGAACCAUUUCAAACAUCAUAAAACUUUCAAAUAUUUUUAUCAAUUGUCCCCAAAAUGUUUAUGGAUUUGUUUUCAAUCCAGGAUCCAAUUAAGAACCACAUAUUGCCAUUUAGUUGUCAUUCUCUUUAGUUAAUGGAUUAGAGUUCGUGUGUGUGUGUGUGUGUGUGUGUGUGUGUGUGUGUGUUUUAUUUCCUUCAUGACACUGUCUUAAAAAGUUAGUUCUGGUUUGUUUGCAGACUGUCCCACCAUCUGGAAUUUUUUUUUUCUUUUUCUUCCCUCAUUAUUAGAUUCAGGAUAAACUUUUUUUUUUUUUAGCAAGACUGUUACAUAUGUGAUGUUGUCUGGAAGCAUAUCAGUUGUCUCAUGACAUCAAGCGCAGUUUAGGUGUUAUCUGUCAGAUUCACUCGUUAUAAUGUUCCAUAAUUCAUUAUGAAACUCUGAAACUCCGUGCACAUACGUUUUGUAGAAUGUGAGGCCAUGCACAUGUGCAUUCCUUUCUCACUAUUCUCAGAGAGAACCAGGUUCUCCAAAAGAUUGCAACCGCUGAAGUUAGAAGAUAUAGCAGUGAUGACAGAUUCAUUUCUUUCCACUUAACAGAGGUGAAGGGAAGCCAGAAUGUUCCCUGUGCAGGCAAUACACAAAUAUUCUGGCUAAUGGGGAGUUGUAUGGUCUCUGUAACCAGAGCUGAAAUAUAUACAUAAUGUCCUUUUCUCCCACCCACUAUGACCCCUCAUGCAGACCCAUGUUUAUUUUAGAGAGCAUUCAUUUUCAUUGAAAAGCAUGCAUUUUGUGCCCAGCAGCACAAAAUUGGGAUGGUAUAGAUAUUACACAGGGAGAAAGUACAUACACAGUUAUGAAGUAUAUAUGUGGUAUGAAAAUUUCAUAGGGAUAGGGAAUGAUUUUGAUUAAAUGUCUAAAAAUGUUUCUUAGGAGGAUAAUGAUGAAAAGAAAGUCAGUUGGGAAAUACUCAUGUAGAGUCAUUUUCUGCUUCCAGGGUGGUUAAUUUUCUCUUCCUAGGGUGUUCUCUCAUUUCUUAGGGUCAGGAUGAAUGAGAGCAAAUUUGAGAGAUUUAUUAAUCCACUCCUUCUACCCUCCCAGACUGUAUCAGUAACAUUCCAGGUGGAAAACCAAUUCUGCUCUUAAAGAUCAUCAGGCAUAGAAAUUCUACAGUGUCCUUUUGUGUAACAUGCUGAACACUUUACACCAUCUGAAAUUCUUCCAUUCAACCUAAGCCAAACUAUCGUCUUUGUGUUUCAGCUCACCUUUUUAGAAUCCCAUAUUUAAAAAGGACCCAAAGACUAUGUAGUAUAAGUAAAAAUAUAAUAAAUGAGAGCUUUAUUUGCAUACCCAUUAAAUAUUUUAAGACCAAUACCAAUUGCCCUUCAGCCUUUUUCCCUUUAACAUUCUCCAAUUGACAAAAUUCCCUUGGAAGUCUUGUUGCCCCCAUACUAACCUUUCUGUAGCUCAACCUUAAACCUUGUCAAACCUCUCCAUGUCACUGUGCAUUAGGAUGUGACUAGAAGUGAACAUGGAGAAAAUUAUUGCAAGUUUUCUACAAACUAUACUGUGUCUUUGCUAAAUCCCGUCUUGACUUUUAUACAUUCAUAAAUGUUUUGUUAUAUUUUCCCACAUUAAAUUCAUAUCUAUAUUAUAUUCAACCAUUUUGCUUCAUCUUGACUUUCCUUCCUACUUUUAACAGUUCUCAUAAGAUCACACUGCGUUGUUUGCUUUAAAUGCCUCUUUAAUUAGCAGAGUAUUAAGAGACUUGGAUAGAGUUCUUCUCAGCUUUUUGUGGUGAUUUAUGCCAAUUCAUCAUCCUGCUCAUGGACAGAAGCACAGCACUUCCUGUGGUCUCUAACCUUUCAUCGCAGCCACAGCCCUUGGGCAUCACACUGUGAGAAAAGAAAUAUAGGAAAACCUAGCCACAUUGUAGAGAAAUAUGUACAAAGGCAAAGUCUUAAAAAGAGUCAGGUGUGUCACUUGAAUAACACUGUUGUUAUUGGUUCUUGGAUAAUUUUGGUCCUUGAUGAAGUAGGUGAUUCUCUCUUAGAAUUAGCCAAACAAAGUGUGUUUUGGAAAUAAUAAAUUUUUCCUGCUUUAAAAAGUAUAUCAACAACAACAACAAAACAAACCCUUUUUAUAACAGGCUGUUGUCCUCUGGGCAGUUAUUAAUUCUGGGUAAGAAGUUUUCAAUGAGUAAAUAAGAAUUUUUGUAACUUUUAGAGGAAAGAGUCCAGUUCUAGUCUGACAAUUAAGCUGUUUUACUAGCUUUUAGUGUUCUAAUUUCAAAGCUUUCUGGUAUCUUUUCUAACUGCAUCAGAAAAACAUGAUCAUCAUAUUUUAGAUCCAUUUGUGAUUAAAUUAAGAGUUUGACUAUAAGAACAUACUAACACAAUUAAAUCAAUUAGAAAAGCAAGAUGAAACUAAAGGAUAUUUAUGAAAUUGAUUCUGUAUGAGUUUAAGAAUCCAAAUAUCACAAAUAAAGGACACAUAACCAUUA